UAGAAUAAUAGUUCUAUGAAUAUAAAAAAAUCACUAAUCAAAAGCAUUAAAUCAGCACGCAUAGGAAAAGAGUCAUUUAUCUGCAACGUCUACAAAAAAGAAAUAGAUCAAUAUGCCGGAUUAUCCUCUCAAUUUAAGUGGUGCAAAGCAUUUAAAAGCAAAUAAUAAAGUACAGACAAUGGAAAAUGAAACGUUUGAGAAUCCUUCCAACCAAAGAAGUUUCGAUUCUUCAAAUGAGUGUUUAGACAACUGUGAAUUUCAUAAUCAUCAAGCACAAAUCAAUGAUUUUGCGUCCAAUAAUAAAAGAAAUAGAGACAAUCAUAUUAAAUCCAUUGACAUGGAAGAGAAGAAAAAAGAGUUUCAGUCUUUUAAGAAAUUGAAGGCAACAGCUCAACAAAUUAAUUAUAAUUCCUGCAGUGAUGAAGAAGAUUGCUCCAAACAACAAUCAGAAAUUGAUUUUCAGUUUAGACAAGUAGAUGAUCCCGAUUUUGAUCAGCUUGCGAUUGGUUAUAAUAAUUCACUAACCGAGCGUUUCACUAUCUCGGAGAAGCUGCAGCAGGAAUAUCAAUUGGAUCAUGAUGAAAAUGGGAGCAGCUUUCAGUUAUCAGUCAAUGAGUUCUCUUUCUUGCUGGAAACUCUUGAAAAUAAUUGCGAAUCACUAACGGAACUUAGCAGCUUAGAUGAAUAUGAAAUGGAUAUUCAAAAUACAAUCAAUAGUGGACAUGAAGAUCCAGAUGAAGCGGAGACUUUAAGAAAGACAGUUGAGGAACUAAAUGAGACAAAUAGCAGCUUUAACCUUGCGCCUCUCGAGUUGCAAGCCGAGCAGAAAAAUUCGUCGAUGAAUGUAACCGACCUCCAUGAACUGCACAACUUUAAGAUCGAGCUGGACACAAGCAAAUUAAUGAAAUUCAGUGCAUUGUUUCCGAAGGAGGAGACAUUAUCGUGUUACCUCUAGAGCAACAACACACACCCCACUGUCCACUGUCCAGUGUCCAUCGUCCAUUGUUCAGUUAGCAGUUGCAAUGAAGCAAUAAUCACUGUGACCAGAAACAAUUCAGCUAAAUCUGGAAUGAAUACUAGCAGCGACAGACAGAGAGCAGACAGAGGCAAUCACAGAAAUUGGACGCAUCUAAUUGCCCCAAAGGUUGAGCAAACAGCGGCAGGCAGAAAGCAGGAAAGCAGCAGCAGCAGCAUCACAUCGAUAGCCAAAAAAUAUGAAUGCCACAACAGUCGGAUGUUGUGUUGUGUUGUGGGUCCAAUUGGAGGAACAGACACAACAGCGACACCGCGGCAUGUCAACACUGCGUUCUGUUCCCUUCUCAUGUGGGGACUCGGUGUGUGUGGUCACUAGCUACUCCUGGCUGGAGUGAGAGUGGGAGAAGAGCAGCAUCGAGUAGAGAGUUCAAUUCCAAUCAACCACAGCGGGCACAUCAACAAUUCGUGCGCCGCCAAAAGCUUGUUCUAAUCCAAUCAAAUCUCAAAUGUGGUUGCUCCCCAAUGCGACUGGCAAAUUGUGACAGUGGUGACGAAGCACACUUUUGUGCACACAUUUUAUAUUUUUAGAA